CAACCAGAAACUCUUCUGGACUGAACUCUGCCACAAAGGAAACACCCUCUGGACUUUGACUUCUCGCACUUUGAAAAUCACGCACGCUCGAAUUGUGGUGGUCCUAGCACUGUAACUCUAUCGCUUCUGGAAAAUCUUCUUCCUUGGAUCAAUUUAUUUUCAGGAGGAGAAAUGCUACAGCGCUCCCCUGCACCCCCUCCGCCAUCAGCCACUCCACAGUACUGAUGAUAGCCUUCCUCCCAUUGUUCAAUCUGACCAGCCUUGAAUUAACCUGAAGUGGUGGAGCAGCUGAUCCCAGAGCUGAGUCUCUUACUGAAAUUAUUGGACCACGAGUACCUGAGUGCCACCACCAGAGAGAAGACGAUAACAGUGAGCAGCAUGUUGCAGCGACUUCAACCAACCUCUGUUCCUGAGACUAAUUAUAUGUACAUGAACACGUCUGAUUGUCGGAAUGGCACAAGCUUCGUGGAAUCCUUGUUCGAUGAGUUUGAUUGUGAACUACGUGACCUUAAAGACAUACAGGAGGAGUAUAAGGAUGGAAACCAGAUUAAUAUGCCAUCACCAGAAAUUCUCCAUUCCAAACUGGGCAUAUCUGAUACACCACCCCCUCUCCCCACAACGCCACCACCUGAAGAUUAUUAUGAAGAAGCUGUUCCAUUAAGCCCAGGAAAAGUUCCCGAGUACAUCACCUCUCGCAACAGUUCCAGUCCACCAAAUUCUAUCGAGGAUGGCUAUUAUGAAGAUGCUGACAAUAAUUACCCACUCACCAGGAUCAUGGGAGAACAUAAGCAUUCAUAUAAUGACUCGGAUGUGAUGAGUAGUUCGUAUGAAUCAUACGAUGAAGAGGAGGAAGACGGGAAAGGUCAGCGGCUGACCCACCAGUGGCCCUCAGAGGAAGCCUCCAUGGACUUGGUAAAAGAUUGCAGGAUCUGUGCCUUUCUACUGAGGAAGAAGCGCUUUGGGCAGUGGGCCAAACAGCUCUGUGUCAUUAAGGAAAACAGACUACUGUGUUACAAGAGCUCCAAAGACCAUCAGCCUCACUUGGAGCUACCGCUGAACGUGUGCAAUGUUAUUUAUGUGCCCAAAGAUGGACGACGCAAAAAACAUGAACUAAGGUUCUCCCAACCAGGAACAGAGGCACUUGUAUUAGCUGUACAAAGCAAAGAGCAAGCGGAGGAAUGGUUAAAGAUAAUCAGGGACAUAUGCAGCCAGUGCAAUGGUUCUGAGGGAUCAACAUCACCACUUUUCCUACCAAAAUUAGAACUGGAAAAGAGAUUAUCAAAUGAAAAACAGGCUUCAGACGCUGAGAGUGUAGUAACAGGGGAGAACGGAUCUCCAGUUAAUGGCAGAGAAAGUAGGGAUCAUGUCAAAGGGAAGAGGAGUGGUUUGGCUGAACUGAAAGGCACUGUUAGCAAGGCUGCAGGGAGGAAGAUUACGCGCAUCAUGAGUUUGGCAAAAAAGAAGCAAGCUACCGAAGAACAGACUUCUUCAACAGAAGAGGACAUUCCAUGCUGUGGUUACCUCAAUGUCAUGGUUAACAACUACUGGAGAGAGCGUUGGUGUCGACUGAAAGGCAAUACACUGUACUUUCACAAGGACAGGACAGAUCUAAGGACACAUGUGAACUCCAUUGUGCUGAAGGGGUCUGAGGUGGUACCAGGAUUCGGACCAAAACAUCCCUUUGCUUUCCGGGUGCUUCGAAAUGGACAGAAUGUUUGUGUGCUGGAGACAAGCUCCUCUGAGGAGAUGGGUAGGUGGCUGGGACUUCUGCUUGCUGAGACAGGCUCGACCACGCAGCCAGAGGCUCUGCAUUAUGACUAUGUGGAUGUGGAAACAAUAGCAAACAUAGUGGAUGCAGUUAGACAUUCCUUCUGGUGGGCUACCUCCUCAAAUAAUUCAGCACUUUAUCUGUACGAUUCCAGGACAUAUGAUGAAGUGCCAUAUGAGAAAGUACAGGAUGAAGAACAGAUGCAACCUGUCACCGCUCAAGGAAAAUGCCAAGCUUCCAUUUCUGAUGAUGCCUCACAGAAAACUAAAUCUCAAAAUAAAAUUAAACGGCACGGCUCAAAUGCAAAUCAGUCAAAAUAUGGGAAGACGCGGGCAGAAGAAGAUGCAAAGAGAUGGCUAACUGAACAGGAGGCACUUGAAAAUCAGAAGAGUUCAAUUCGCAGAGAGUUGAUGCAGCUCCGUAAAGAGAAGAAAGAGUUCCGUGAUGCUCUGAAAGUAUGCACAGCUGAUGAAGGUGCAGUGGUAUCAGCAACAACAUCACUGGAAAAAAGAAGAAAAGGUAAAAAAUCUCAAAUUGCUCUGGAAGAGAAAAUAAGGAUGGUGGAAGAAAAAUGUAAAGAUAAAGAGACUGAGCGGGUGGAGUUGGAACUCAAAUUAACACAAGUAAAGGAGAAUCUGAAGAAAGCCAUUGCAAGGGGAGCAGAAAUUAGUUUAUCCAUUGACUCCAGAUCAGACUCUUCUGGUCUGCAGACUGAAAAUGGUUACACAGAACAUCAUUUCAUUCCUGUGAACUGUGCUUCAGAAAUGAGAAGGAGAGCUCCCACCAUGAUAUCCUCCAGUAAAGGAUGCGUCUUACAGAAGGCUAAGGAAUGGGAGAAAAAGACAGGGACAUGAAACGGAGUGAGGAAGGUUGAUGCAAUGGAUUAUUUAUUAAGAUGGAAAGAGUGUAAUACAUUUCAGACUUUAUCAAAGCUUGUCAGUUUUCACAAUGUGGAAAAUGAUGCAGUGUAUUCCUGCUCAAGCAGAAGUUGCAAAUGGAAGGAAUAUGUUAAGAUGAUAAAAUGCUAUAGGAUGUGGGGUAAUGAGUUUGCCAUAACUACCUUAUUAUUAUACUUCAAGGCCAAAAGUUACUUUAAAUUACAAGUUCCAGAUGUCUCCAGUAUGUCACAAAACUCAUAUUCCUUUAACUUGUAAUAACUAUUAUAAUGAAGACUGGAAUGAAAAUCCAACACAUGCAAGCAUUACUCAAAGAUGUAUAAAUUCUUAUCUAUAACUAUACGUUAGCUACAAUAAAUGCCUUUAGGAGAGAAAAUCAGGAAUAAUUAACAAAUAACUGAUCAUAAUAAUGGCUCAUUCUGAUCACCGGCUGAUCCUACUUGGACUAUAUUUUAACAUUUUCCAGUGUAUGCAUUGUGUGCUUCAGCUUUAAGCAAGAUUACAAAAAUACUGUGACUCUUCUCUAGAAACUGUGAGCUCCUUCAGCUAUGAGUGCUUUGGGGGUAGGAGACUGCUCAACUAAUAGUAAAAAAACCCACAAUAUUUUAAAAAUUUUGGACUGACUAUAAGUCAUUGAAACAUCAAUGCACAAUCCAUGCCCACACAUUACUAUCUCAUGGUGAUAUUUCAUUUUGUAACCUACCCCACCCCCCUCCCAAAUCUCUGAACUCAGACAGUUUGAUUAACAUCUGCAACCUUAAAUCCCAUUCUUGACAGCUCCUGACUCAGAGUUAAACUUCUUUUCCUGGUAGUCAGUACUGCUAUGCCAUAAGGUAAAAUUUUUCUAAUAUCCAUUUCCCUUCAAAGCAUGUGGAUAUUAUGUUAUCAAGUUCUGUGCCCACUAAGCCACACUUUUUCCCCAUCGUAUGUAUAAUAUUUAUUAUUUUAAAUAUCAUGUCUCCACUAAGACUCCUUCAAUCCAACAAAAAUAGAGUCAGUCGCUUGAGUUCAUAUCUCAAUUGGUAUAGAACAACCAGGGCCUGGUCAUGAAAACUAGGAAUGAUCCAAUAAUAUUUUGCCAAUACCAUGACAAAAUAAAAUAACAUUGGUUCUUGGUAGGAGUGUGAAUAAUUAGAAAUAUCACUACUUGCCAUAUCAUAGAGUCCACAAAUGCCAUGAUGUACUGUGUAGUGGUCAUAAAACAAUUUCUUAUCUUUUUAUAGUGCCUUUAAUAUAAUAAAAAAAACCACAGCAGUAUUAUAAAACAACAUUUGACACCAAGCCAAGUAAGGAGAUGGUCAAAAGACUUGGUCAGAGAGGUAGGGUUUUUUUAAGUAGCACCAUAAAAAGGAAGAAAGCGAGGUAGAUAAUUGCAGAGCUUAGAUCCCAGGCAACCGAAGGCACAACCACCUAUACUGAAGCGAUUAAAAUCAAGGCUGCUCAAGAAGCCAGAAUUAGAUGAGUGCAGGUAUCUUGGAGGAUUGUGGGGCUGGAGGAGAUUACAGAGAUAGGGAGGGGCUACCAAUACCAUUCAUUGACUUCAACACUGCAUUCAAAAAGCAUUUGGCAAGGAGCUUUCUAACACUGGACUAAAGUCUGCACUUUGUACAAAGCUAGAUGGAAAAGAAAGGAGGUUCUACUUAAUAUCCACAAGUCAACAAAAGUCAAUAACUCACGAUUCACUUUGAAUCAACAUUAUGCUUUUUAACAGAUUAAAAAUGUUAACAUGAGAAAAGGUUUUUGAACAAGUUGCAUCUGUUCAUACUCAGUGCCUUUAUUUACAAUUUUGAGAAACUAUAGGGCUCGAAAUGGAGUGUUAAUCUUGCAGUCUUCAAAAAUAUAACAGGUUUCAUCACUCUUGACAAUUAAUUGCUAUUAACACAAAAUAUUACCAGUCAAGACAAAAUCAUUCCAAAAGAACAGUUCUAUGUUUAAAGUAUUUUCUGAACAAAUUUCUAAUUUUCUAUAUUUAGCUCAGUGUAGAAGUGUGGAAUAAAUGUUUUCUAAAAAUGCACAUUUUAAAAGUAGCUUGUAAAUAUGUAGAAUGGGUUUGCAAUUUCUGUGUUUAAUGUUUCAAACAAAAGAAUUACCAUGUUUUCCCGGCCAACUCUAAGCUCAACUUUCCUCAUGUUAUUCACAGGAAACUAGAGUUUUCUGCUUGUUCAUUCCAUUUUAUAGUUAAUUCUUUCAUGUGCACCUGUAUAUAUUUAGGGACUAAUGCUGUAGACAAUUUUUAGGCCAAGCUCUGACAUUUCCUUUCCAGUUGACUGAGUUGUGAAAUCAUGUACAAUCUGAUCGUCAGUAGUUUUUAAACUUGCAACAAAAUACUGUUUAAUUUGUAAGCACUUUAAAGGGAUAAGGUUCCGCAUAUAUUUAAGGACUAAUGAACAGUUUUCUUAACUUGAUAUGUGGCCAAAUGUUAAUUAUGUAUACUUUCUACCCCCACCCUCAAAAAUAAAAAUUUUGCAUCACA